AACGGCCGCCGCGGGGGGAACGGUCUAACCACUCUUCCUUUAAAACGCCAUCGGCUCUUCUCCUCCUCGGUCCUUCUCUGCCAAAUUGAAGAGCCUCUCCUCUUUACGUGUGUCACUUACUCCCCAAUUCCGCGACCGUUUCACCGAGUAAUUCGUUGUUUUUGAGGCGGAGAAAGGCGAUUCCGGCGGUCGAUGGCCCCCGGGAUGCUGAUGUCACGUUUUCUUGCCGUUUUGCUCACUUCGCUAGCUAUAGCCGUAUCUUAAUCUGGUAAACCCUAAGCAAAAGCGAACUUUUACGUAGCCGAGUUUCGAAGUUAUUCCAUGCUUUGUCUCGCAAAUCGGAAGCAAACAAUGAUUAUAAUAAUGAUAAUCCGCGAGAUAAAGGUUCCAGUUCUGGCUUAAAGCGUCUAGAAUUUCGGUAGGUACAUUGAUUUUUGGCAAACUUCUUGGCGUCCGUGUGAUUCGGUUGGUGAUCAGAGGACGAGAUGAGUUGCGGUGCCAUCUGCGAGAGUCACUAGGUCGAUGAAUUGACUCAUGGUUUCAUAUUCAAUUCCUACUUUCUAUUUGAUGUAUCGGAAAUCAUCAACUUUUUUUGAGAACUGUUCUUGCUUCCCUACUCGAUUGAGUUUUUGCUGCGUGAAAUUUUGAAAUCGAAGUUGAAGAAGUGAGAGAAUGCAUAGGGCUUUAAAAUUUCGAAUUCAGUAGAAAUUGCUCUUUGACAUAUGUAGCCUUUGAAGUCUUCACUGUAAUUAUGCAAGUUAAAUGGUAGCUAGUAUCCAAAAAUUGGAAAUGGAAACUAGAAAUUGAUUUAAGCUUCUGCAAGAACUUUCACUCACUAGGAUCUUCCUUUUCUAUCGCUCAAGUCAUGCCUUUCCCCAUGAAGAUUCAACCUAUAGAUGUUGACUCUGUAGACGAGUUCACUCGCAACGGAUCAGUAAAGCCUGCGGGGAAGUCACGGUUCAAGCGACUUUUCGAGCGGCAGUUACCUAGCGUUCUGAGGUCCUCAACGGCGGAGAAGAUAACCGGCGCUCCGGAAGCGCAUUUGAACAAAGAUGUCUCCGUUGAUUUGGACCCAAGCUCUGUUUGCCUUGCACACAUGGUGCAGAAUUUCCUCGAAGGCAACGACAAACAAUCUGUGACGGUGAGACAUGGAAGGAACCGCUGCAAUUGCUUCAACGGGAGUAACAACAGUUCAGAGGAUGAAUUGGACUCGUGCAAUUGUUUCCGCGACUCCAACUUUUCCUCUUCCGGCGAUGCAUGCGAAGUUCUCAAGAGUCUGGUCCCCUGUGCGAGUGUCUCUGAAAGAAACCUGCUAGCGGAUACUUCGAAAAUAGUUGAAAAGAAUAAGAUCUCUAAGCGAAAAGAUGAUUACUGCAGGAAGAUUGUCAGAGACGGGCUCUUGGCUCUUGGAUACGACGCUUCAAUUUGCAAAUCAAGAUGGGAAAAAUCCCCCUCGCAUCCCGCCGGGGAGUACGAGUAUGUGGACGUGAUAACAGAAGGCGAACGCUUAAUCAUAGAUAUUGAUUUCAGAUCAGAGUUCGAAAUCGCUCGAUCGACCAAAUCCUUCAAAGCGAUUCUCCAAACUUUGCCAGUCAUAUUCGUCGGUAAAGCUGAUCGUCUCCAGAGGAUCGUCUCCCUGGUAUCAGAGGCAGCCGAACGUAGUCUGAAGAAGAGAGGCAUGCCCUUUCCACCUUGGAGAAAAGCCGAGUAUGUCAUAGCAAAGUGGCUCGCUCCCUACACUAGAACCAAUUCAGAACACAACAUUUCCCAGAAAUCUGAUAUUGAUACAGAAGGGAAAGAAUCUUUGGUUCCCGUAGGAAGCUCCUCCAAGCUGAUCUUCGGUGAGGACCUUUCUCCUCGCCGUGAUGGCGUUUUUACUUUGUCUGACUGUUCGGGUGAAAGAGAGAAGGCAAUGGUGAAAGAAUGGGAACCUCCGGAGAUUAAACCGAAGAAUUCAAACGUUGGACUGAAGAUCAUGACUGGUUUAGCUUCUGUCAUGGAUGAGAAACCAUAAAAUUUUGAUCUUUUGCACCCUUUUUAUUUUAGCACUAGAAAAUCAAAAUACUCACCAUGUGACACUUUACUUUUGUUCGAUAACCAUCCCUUCGCUUUUUCCGGUAAGGGAGCCAUCUACCAAUAUGAUAUAUGCUAUUAUGACCAAUAAAACAGUGAUAAAUAGCUUAUGUA